UCUAACCUUAGCAAGUGCAACUCACUGUCAGUUAUCCCUCACCCGCUGUGCCACAUGGUAUCUCUCCCCUUCCUCUAUCAAUCUACAUCUGCUUCAGAGAUAUACAAGACUCCAUAUACAGCAGCAGUGAUGGACACCUCCAUGGAGUCACAGUCGCGCUGGUUGUCUCCGGCGUUCCUGCCCCCUGAGGCCUUGGCAGCCUUCUCCUCCGAGUCAGCGUUCCUGCCUCCGCCUGAAGAGGAGCCGUCGUUCUCUGGCGUGGAGUCUGACCUCAGUGUGCUGCCGUCCCUCUUCACCAGCUCAGCCUACAGUCGACACACGGCAUCAUACAGACACAGUCCAGUUCGGCAGGUGUACACCUCCCCUCCCUUCCUGAACAACAUCUCCUGGUUAGAUAGCUCGGCAGGGCAAACUCCGACUCCCUCCUAUCCUCCACCAUCCUCCACCUCCUCUUCCUCCUGGCACAGCAGCCCUUUCUCCAAAGCCUCCUUCCACCCGAGCCAGCACCUCUCCCCAUCGCUCCUCCCCACCGCUGCCUCUCUCUCCUCCCUCAAGUCUCUGAGGAUGGAGCCCCUCGGCCCUGGCCAGGACUUCAAGGAGAACCACCGGCUCCAGGAGUGCGUGAAAGGGGAGAGGCUGACCCCCCAGGAAGGGGCUGAGGAGGCUGCCCGUCUCCACGAUCCCCACCUGGUGGGCCCAGGAACAGCCGGGGGCUAUGGCCACUCGCCACAGUCUCACCAGUACACUCCCACGCACUACACCGCAUACGUGACUUCUCCACAAGACCACAGCAGCACUGCUAUGUACCUGCCUUCCUCCUUCUCCCCCAAAAUGCGCAACAAGAUGGCCUUCUACCCUCCAGAGGCAAGGGAGUGUGUGAAUUGCGGGGCCACUGCCACCCCACUCUGGAGGCGAGAUGGUACCGGCCACUACCUCUGCAAUGCCUGCGGACUGUACCACAAAAUGAAUGGACAGAACCGACCUCUCAUUCGACCCAAGAAGAGACUGGUUGUGAGCAAGAGGGUGGGCACUCAGUGUGCCAACUGCCUCACCAGCACCACAACCCUGUGGAGACGCAAUGCCAGCGGCGAACCGGUAUGCAACGCCUGUGGCCUCUACUUCAAACUCCACAAUGUGAACAGACCUCUGACCAUGAAAAAGGAUGGAAUCCAGACACGCAACCGCAAAGUGUCCAGCAACAGCAGGAAGGUCAAGCGAGGCUGCCUGUCCGAGACGGACUUCUACGCCCACCUAUCCAGGGGCCCGGUUUCCGAGCAACACACAGACUCCUACUCACUGGGCCCUGCCCCUUUCCUAUCCUACAACCACUCGUCGCACAUCAUCCCCUCCCCCCCACCCUCCCUGCACCCCGCGGUCUCCCUGCCUUACCCCUACCAUCCCAACACUACUCUGCUGCCUACGCUCGUGGGAGGGGCCAGGGUAUGAUAACCUGAUGAGGAUGAGACAGCCACAGUUCUGUGUUUGUGGUGUGUGUGCAUAUAUACCCUUACUGGCGAGUUGGUGAUGCUCUUGUGGAUCAGAUAUUACUGCAAUUAUAUUUAUUGUUUUUUUUUUUUUUUUAGUUGUUGCUGUUUUUGUUGGAUGGAUGGUUUUUUGGACGAAAAAUAAACCUUACU